CUCACCAGCCCCAUUGUCUCUUCUUCAUACAAGAGCAUCGUGAAUGCUCCCUGCAAAGGAUUUUUGUGUGGUUUUGAUCGCUUUUACAUCGCCGUUCCUAACAAAUCCAACAUCCACGUUCUGCGCCCCAAUUACUUUGCUAUGGACGAAUUCAAGAAGUACCUGGCGGAUCAGAUCCUUAGUGAGGAGAAGAUUGUCACAUAUCGAAGCCUUAGCAGAGCACUCAAAGUGCAUGUUAAUACAGCAAAGGGAAUGCUCUAUGAGUUCCAUAGGUCACAGAAUGGCAUGCGUCCUGGCACAAUUCAUGCCACCUACCUGAUUUAUGGCAUCCAGAAGGCAGAGAAAGUACAGGAAGAUGGCGACAUUGAAAUGACUAGCUCUCCUCCUGAUGCUGUGCCUUUGUCUGAUGAGGUCUUGACCCACUCCUUGACCUUGGUGCCCGGAGAUCGUCUGAAGGAGAUUUUGGCAUCAUACGAAGAGCUCUUAUCGUUCCACAUCUAUAGCUUGGCCAGACAUCCUACAAGAGAGUUGCAAAUGCUAGCAGACGUCUCACAGCAAAUCAAGGAACAGUCAACUGAAGACAGCGCAUCCAUGGCAGAGACAUAUGGCACCAUUAUCAAUCCCAAUGUUCGAAAGCGCGACCGUCAGGGGCGGCCAGUCCCCGCUCCUCCACAUGCGGCAACAGCGGCUAAGCCUGUCAAGAAGGAGUCCGCACCAUCUACAGUCAAACCAGCGGCUUCUGCGCCCAAGACAGAAGAGCCGGCCGAGAAAGAGAUCAAGGUACCGGCCAAGGAUUCGCCGUCCUCCGCCGCGGCCACUAUCAAGAAGGGCGCGGCACCGCCCUCAUUGAAAAAAAGCGGCUCGUCGGGCAUCAUGUCAUCCUUCGCCAAGGCUGCGGCGAAGGCUUCAAGCAAACCGAAGGAGACGCCGAAACCAGAAAGUCCAGCUGCUCUGUCUGACGAUGGAGAAGAUGACGACGAUGACAUCCCGGCUGCCAAGUCUUCAGGUAACACCGGGCGAAAGUCGCGAAAGGAUCGCGAGGCCGAGCUGAAGCAGAUGAUGGAGGAGAGCGAGGAAGAGGAAGAGCCCGAAGAGGAUGAGGAAGAGCCUGCGGACGAGCCGAUGGAGGAGACUCCGGGGCCAGAAGCGAAGCCCGAGCCCGAGCCCGCGGAAGUCGUUUCUAGCACCAGCGACGGUCGCAGGCGCGGCAAGCGGAGAGUCAUGAAGAAGAAGCAGAUCAUGGAUGAUCAGGGCUAUUUGGUCACGAUUCAAGAGCCCGCUUGGGAAGAGUUUUCCGAGGACGAGGCUCCUCCGCCACCUGCUAAGGCUAAAUCUUCGUCUGCGCCUAGUUCAGGAAGCCAGACUUCGAAAGGGAAGAAGGCGGCACCCAAGGGACAGGGCAACAUCAUGUCUUUCUUCUCGAAGAAGUAAUGCGGCCCUCCGGACGGUCCCAGUCGAAAAUGUCAAAGUAGCGAAAUAUAGCCAAGGAAGACGUGGAACCGGGUAGCAAUUGUCUGUGCAUCCAUUACUGCCGUAUGUCGCCAGCGACAAUCGAAAGCCGCCAUCAAUAGAAUCAUUCGAACACGUAAAAGAUGAGAUGCCAGCAACAAGCGAUGUAGAACUGAAACAUCUGUCUACCUAGUAUUCGGGUUUCAUGUCUUGCCAGA